AUGUUACAUUUGGACCCUCACAAUCUAUUAUUACAAAAGACUCUUGCUGAAGCCCGCGAAGCUCAGUUGGCUGGUCGCCCUUUGACCCUAGAUCGUAUUGUCUCUGAUUUUGAUUAUACCACCUUCCAUGUAUCUAAUGCCCCCGAGGAUAAAUCUAUGUUAUGGGUUAGUAUCCGUUCCAAGGCUUAUCAAACGGUUGCAAGCUGUGGGUCAACUUAUCAAUCAUAUUUAAAAGAUAAAUUAGAAGCCUAUCCAGGUAUUCAAUUAUCUUCUCAAACAGAAGCUGCUUAUGAUAUCUCUUUGAUUGUUGAUUUAAAUAAGUUAACUCAAGAAGGUGUUGUUUAUUUAUCCCUUUUAAAAGUUUUAGUAGUUAGUUACCCAUUCCAUCUAGCUUUUGAAGAGUUUGAUAGAUUGAGCAAGAUUCCUGUCCCAGUUGAUGAACCACCUGUACUAUCUGAUGUCUUAUUUAAUAUUAAACACAGAGAUAAUGAACAAUUUUUUGUUAAGCCAUCUAACGAUCGUGUUACAGUAAUUUUUGAAACCAUCUUUGAAGAUGAAACAGAUAAGAUUUUUGGGAAAGUAUUCUUACAAGAAUUCGUUGACGCUAGAAAAAGAAAUCGUAAUAUUCAAUCUUCUCCACAAGUCCUUGUAUCUCAUGAACCACCUUUAGAAGUUCAAAACUUCUUCAACACCCAUAGACAACAAGCUGGCAGCGAUUCAGAUCAAAAGAAAUAUAUUACAUUUGUUUUGUUUCCAAGACAUUUCCAAACUUCCGAAUUACAAUUCUCCACCAUAUGCCAUUUAGCUUUAUUUAGAAACUAUUUCCAUUAUCAUAUUAAAUGUUCUAAAGCAUAUAUGCAUUCUAGAAUGAGAUAUAGAGUCAAUACUUUUGUUAAAGUAUUGAAUAGAGCUAAACUAGAUGAUGAAGAUGAAGAAGACGCUGAAAAUAAAAAUGGUGAACAAGAACAUACUAGAAAGACAAUCUCAGGUAGAAAAAUGGUUUACUAA